CAGACUGAUGACUUCGGAUAACCAAAUAAACCAAUACUGCUAACUGGGCAAUUAAAAUGGCCAAAUUUGCACAAGUUUUAAUGUUUUUUGUGCCGUCAUAUCGUUGUAAUAGUUACUACUAGAGUUAAAGUUACGGAGUAGCGUUUAUGAACUAAGCGGACCGCACCUAGCACCCAGUUUAUUGUAUCGAUAAACGAUCAUAAACGAUGAAGUAUAAUCGAUACAAUUCUAAGCCAAAUGGUGAUGCGUGUAUCUCUUAAUUUACGUAAUAGUUACUUUUUACAGUCCAAUAAUUUAAUAUGUGAAGUAACAGUAGAAACAUGGACUGUUCUUUGAGUCAUAAUGACACCAAAUAUACUGGUUAUUGGAGUGUGGUGUCGAAAGCUGUGGAGCAGAUUCUCCAAAGCACCCUAGUAACACGAGUAUCAUUUGAGCAGAUGUAUAGUAUUGUAUACAAGAGUGUAUGUGAUGGAUUUUCAGAAAAAAUGUAUGCUGACUUAUUGGGUCAAUGCAGUCGUCAUCUGGAGCAUGUGGACCACUCAUUGCACACACAUAAACAGGAGUCCGAUCAGCAACAGGACGGUGAUAUGACCAAAUUCAUUAUGUUUUUCCAUGAAGCACUGGAAUCAUAUUUAUCUGCUGUUCAACAGAUCACUCCAAUAUUUGCAUAUAUGAACAAAUUUUAUGUUGAGGUGACACUACGGACGUCAUUACAGGUGCAGUUACUAGACUUGUUCCGACAGAAAGUAGCAGAUAGUCGUAUGGACACCAUUAUGGGAAGCAUAGAAGAUCUGCUGGAGCGACCAUUUGCGCUUUCUCCUGCUGCCAUGUCUUUGCUGUUCCGAAAUCUUCAUUGUAUUGGGAGAGGAGACUAUGGUCGACGGUAUCCUAAACUCUUUUCACGCUACGUGCCAGGAAUUCUGCCCCCGAUGUUAGAGAGUGACAUAGCAGCGCACAUUGCUGAAACGCAUGAGCUGCAAAGCAGGUUGCUUGCUCAGGGAGGGGCAGGUGCCAUGCAACAGGGACAGAAAAGGAGGGGAGACGAUGAUAACUAUGGUCCGACAUUUUGUGCUGCUGUUGCGAGUCAACAGCAAUCAGCAGUGCCACCAGAUGUGUAGUUAGGCCACUCCCGAAGUGGAACCAUGGCAGGAUAACAGCUUCACUUCAUUCUGAUGCUAGACAACAUGAAGGCGAGGUUAUCGCACGUACUUAAUGGUACGUAUCGCUACAUAGAUCAGUCAGUAUUUUAUUCCUGGGAAUUUAUAAAGCAUAACAUAUAUUGUACAGUAAACUGUAUUAAUUUUAUACCAGCUUUUGCCAUGUAUAGAAUUUGUUAAUAUUAAGCUUUAGUUCGCAGUCGUAUAUGUAAUGCUAUGUGAAUUGUACCCCACACAAACUCUUCUUCUGGUGUUCUCAUGUGUUCAUUUAAACCCAAAACUGUGAUGUUUGCUGCUGAUGCAUUUGUUACAGCAAAUUACAUGUGGGUUUAUAUUGAUAUGGCUUAAAUUGCCUUUCGGUGUGUAAUAUCUGUAAUUGUUUGUGUUUAUGAUUUUUAAAUAUCAUUACAGGAAAUUCUUGUAAUUUUAUGUUUUUAAAAUUCUGUAGUUUAUUAAAUUUUU